AUGGCUCCCAUCACCGAAUUGACAAAGAAAAGAGAGUUCGAGUGGAACGAAGCUGCCCAAAGGGCCUUUGAGAAGGUGUUUGAAGUAGAGUGUGAUGCAAGUGGAAUUGGGAUUGGUGCGGUAUUGAUCCAAGAAGGAAAACCAGUGAGCUAUUUUAGUGAGAAACUCAAUGGGGCUAAAUUGAACUACUCAACCUAUGAUAUAGAGUUUUAUGCAGUGGUUAGAGGCCUUGAUCAUUGCUCCAAGUACAAAGAUGGGAAAAGUAAUGUAGUGGUUGAUGCUCUAUCAAGAAGAAGCUACUUACUUUCCAUGGUUGAUGCUAAAAUCUUGGGUUUUGAACAACUCAAGGAGUACUAUAAAGAUGAUCCUGAUUUUUCAAGUGAGAUGGAAAAUCCUACUAGUCAGUUUGUACGUCAAGAAGGAUUCCUCUUCAAAGUGGAGAGAUGUGCUACUUGCCAAAAGGCCAAGGGACACUUCAAAAGGGGUCUCUACACACCACUGAUGGUUCCGGACAGAUCAUGGGAUAGUGCAAGCAUGGACUUUAUUGUGGGCUUGGCAAGAACACCAAGAGGAAAGGAUAGCAUCAUGGUAGUAGUAGAUAGAUUCUCUAAAAUGGCACGCUUUGCAGCUUGUAAUAAAACAUAUGAUGCUGUAAGAGUAGCUGAUAGGAAAUCAUCAUCUUAG